AUUCUCCUCCUGGCUGACUUCACAGGGAGGCUCCGGAGAUAGUGAGAGACAAGAGAGAGAGAGAGAGAGAGAGAGAGAGAGAGAGAGAGAGAGAGAGAGAGAGAGAGAGAUGGCUGAAGGGAAGGAAGACUGGACCGGGUCAAGAGCGGCUUUGGAAACCAACAUAAGGUGACCUUGACCGCGGAGACAGUCCGGACCCAAAGGAGUACCGCAGCGACCCGCCGGCCUGCUCACAGCCUGUUUGACAGCGACCCGUUUCCUUCCUGCUCAUCCGAAGGAACAAUCAUCAUCAAAAUCAUCAUCAACAUCAUCAUCAUCAUCAUCAUAUGCAGAUUUCCCUCCCGGAAGGAUUCCUCAACUGCACCAGAGUCCCCCCCCCCCCUUUUUUUGGGAUCGCCUGUCAAAGGCGAGGCUCGUCGCAUCGGCCGCUGUGUGGCUGUAGGAUCUGCUGACCCAGUGGAGCUCCAGCUCCAGAAGCCCAUGGCCCCGGCUUCUCUCCACCAGUGAGAGGUGAGCCAAGCUGGCCUCCCCGGACCCCUCCCUGUCCCCGGCCCCAGACCUGGACCCGGACCCGGAUCCCGACCUCCACACCAACGAGGAGCAGUAUGUGGGCGAGGGCGAGUUCAGCCAGCUGGAGACACACCCGGCGGCGCCUGACUGCAGGGACGCCGAGACCAUCACGGAUGUGUGCAACAGCACCGACCUGCCGGAGUUCGAGAUCAUCAGUCUCCUCGAGGAGCAGUUGCCGGUGUACCGGCUGCGCGCCGACACCGUCUACGGCUACGAGCACGACGACUGGCUGCACACUCCCCUCGUGGCGCCGGACGCCAGGCUGGACCUGACCACGGAGCAGAUCGAAGAGACGCUCAAAUACUUCUUGCUGUGUGCGGACAGAGUGGGCCAGAUGACGAAGACCUACAACGACAUCGAUGCUGUCACACGUCUGCUGGAGGAGAAAGAGAGAGAUCUGGAGCUGGCUGCCAGGAUCGGCCAGUCGCUCCUCAAGAAGAACCGGCGUCUGACGGAGCAGAACGACUACCUGGAGGAGCGAGUGGCACAAAUCACCGAGGAGGUGGCCCAGCUGCACCAUGAGCUGAACCUGAAGGACGAGCUGCUGCAGUUUUACACCAACGCGGCGGAGGAGAGCGAGGACGAGUCCAGCAGCUCCCCGACGGGGAAGAAGAGUAAGGUGGAAACUGCUUUCGGAGGCACGCUGCAGAAGAAACUCAAAGAGCUGGAAGAGGAGAAUCUCUCACUCCGCUCAGAGGCACACCAUCUGAAAUCAGAGACUGAGAUUUACGAAGAAAAGGAGCAGCAGCUGGUCAACGAAUGUGUGAAAGAGCUCCAGUUGUCCAGUCUCCAGAUCUCCACCAUCGCGGAGGAAUUGGCUCGUAAGACCGGGGAUGCUUCUCGCCAGCAGGAGGAGAUCACACACCUCCUCUCACAGAUAGUAGACCUGCAGAAGAAAGCCAAAACUUACGCGGUGGAGAACGAGGAGCUGUCUCAACACCUGGUGGCAGCUAAGGAGGCCCAAAGGCAACUUACAGCAGAGCUCCAGGAGUUGGAUGAGACGUAUUUAGAGUGUAUAGAGAUGCUGCAUGAGGCCCAGGAGGAGCUGAAGAACCUGAGGAACAGGAACUUCCCUGCGGGCACCCCUCGACGCUUCCAUCCCCUGGGACUGUACCCGAUGGAUUCUCUGGCAGCUGAGAUUGAGGGAACGAUGAGGAAGGAGUUGAGCCUGGAUGACCCCGAGUGUGAGGAACAGAAGUUCCACCGGAAGCGCGUGUUUGAGACGGUGAAGAACAUCAACCAGACGGUCCGCCAGCGCUCGCUGACCCCAACCAGCGCCAACAUCCCGGGCUCCAACCAGUCUCUGUCGGCGCGUACGUCGCCCCAGUCCAGCGGCCUCUGCACACCUCACUCCAGUGUGUACGGAGGCGACGGCGUUGCCCUCGACAACCGAACGCAGAGCAUCCUGAUGGAGACGGCAGACAAUCGGGAUAGCAGCGCAGAGGCCAGAGAGAAGAAGGCCAGCGGAGUGGAGGACCUGCGGCUCGCCCUGCGCCGCCUGUCUCUGCGUCGACAAAACAACCUGAGCGAGAGGCGCUUCUUUGAAGAGGACAGAGAGCGGAGACGGGGAGGACACGGGGGUCUGCACGAUUCCCGGUUCCAGGAGAGCGCCUUGACCCCCUCGGAAAGCAUCAUGUCCCUCGGGAACCUCCACCUCUGGGCCUCGCGAGGGCCCUACCUCCCCGACAAGCUCCAGAUCGUCAAACCGCUUGAAGGCUCUGCAACGCUGCAUCACUGGCAGCAGUUAGCCCAGCCGCACCUCGGCGUGAUUCUGGACGCCAGGCCGGGAGUCGUGCCGAAGGGCUACCGACCCCUCGAACUGGAGCUGGAGCAGGUAUAUCCUUGGGGUAGCUUUGAGGAGGAGGAACCGGGGGAGCAAUACUUCCAGAAUCUUCCCACCUGCUCCUCCUCCGCCUCUGCCUCGCCAGCCGUGGCCUCCACCUGCACCUCCACCUCCACCUGCACCUCCACCUUCACCUGCACCUCCGCCUCCAGCACGGGUAACGCAAACCUCGGGCCACCUCCGCCCUGCCUCGCUUCACCUUCUCCACUAUCCCCAUCGCCACAUCUCAGCAACACUGACAUCCUGGCCGCAUACUACCCAGGUAAAUGCAUGGCCCACACCAGCUCUACCUACACCUUCACAACCUGUCGGAUCCUCCAUCCGACCGAUGAGCUGACGCGGGUCACGCCAAGUCUAAACUCAGCCUCGACGUCAUCGUCCUCCUGCGUGAUGACCAGCACCUUGUUGGGAACUCCGGCUGCUACACCCUGCACGCCCCGCAGGCUCGGCCUCAGGCCGUCCGAGUCCUCUACUAACCUCAGAGAUGCAACACGCACCACCAGCACCUCCCUGGGGUUAGUGCGCCUUCUCCAGGAGAGAGGGAUCUCCGCAGCGAUGUACCACCAGAGCCAGGGCUUGGAGUACGGUCAGGGAGGAGUCCUAUUCAGCACCUCCAUCACCCCCAACCGAGCGCCCAACCCCGACCCCCUGCACCCCUCUACCCCUCCCAGCUCGCCCACAGGACACGGACCUUCAGCUGUGCCAACGUCUGCGGGCUUCGACUUCAAGAGCCCUUCCUACGACAACUUCCUUACAUCUAAACCGGCCCGCUCCAUUCUGAAGGAGGUGACGGGGAGGAUGAGGGGCAGGCAGAGGGGGAAGGAUUGCGAAAGCCAGACGGACGUUAGCGUGACCGUCCACAACCUCAACCUGCUGGACAAGGUGAAGCGGCUGGGUGUGGCUGGAGGUCCGGGGGGCAGAGCAAUGAGUCCCGGCCCCAUCCUGGGGCCUCUUGGCGGGCUGCGCAGGUCCGGCUCCCCUUUUGGGCCCGAUGGAAUGAGGAGGAACCGGAGUUAUCCAGCCAUGGUUGGGGCCAGCAUGGCCAUGAAAGCCCCGGGGCCCCAGGAGUAGUCCGAACUGCUGCUGGUCAUUAGAGUGGCCGAGUAGGAGCCGGGCGGGGGGGCCACGGACCGACUGUUGACCAGUCACCUGGAGCCCAAACACUGACUCACACUGUUCAAACUGUACGACAACAACGUGGCACGACUGACCAGUCUCACUGCUGUGGUUCCUCACAGACACUCGUCCACGCUUUAGUGCUUUUAGGAGGUUCAUGGAGACGGAGCCGGAGGGGAAAACAAUCAGCGCCGCACAUAGAAAUACAAUCAGCGCACGACGGACGCAAAACAGUUUUUUCCGUGGUUGUUUGUUUCGUUAGCUAGCUAGCUUGCUAAUUCCACGUUACCUAAAUGCUACACUGGUUUCCGUAAAUGAGGCGAACAAAUGUGUCACUUAUCUGACCUAAACAUGUCCGUUGCUCUGCACAUCCAGCUACACUGGUUUGAAGUGGAAUGCCUAUUCUACUCGUGUUUAAUUUAUAUUAUGCAACCGAGGGCUAAAAGGCUAACAAAUGCCUGUAGCUAGCUAGCUAAAACCAUUCGUUUUUUUUCAGCAUGUCAAAGGAGUAUUUUAAAGAAGCUAACGUUAGCAAUGUGUUGCAAGGUACCGUAGUUAGCAAAGGCACCUGCGAACAUGUUACGGCACCGCUUUCUGAUUUAUUCAAGUUGCAUAUCGUCAAAAUGCUUUAAUAACUGAUAACUAAUAACUUUGGACAAAAUGCUUCCUACACAGAAUCCUGAAGUGUUCCCCUUAUUUCUGAUGUUCGCUCACUGAGACUCCUACCUGACUCUUACAUCCCCACUACACAGCAGUUUUUAGACUUUUUUUUCAGUUUCAGUUCACUUUUUUUUUUAGUUUCAGUUCACACAAAAUGUCUGCUAGCAAAGAAAUGUACUCUUUUAUUUAUGCCCGUGGGGAAAUUCUUCUCUGCAUUUGACCCAUCCUUAGUUAUUAAGGAGCAGUGGGCUGCAGCGAAGUGUCCGGGGAGCAACUGGGGGUUCAGUGUCUUGCUCAAGGACACUUCAACAUGCAGCAACUUUUGGGGGAGAGCGGGUGGUUACGGGACGACCACUCUCCCCACUGAGCUACAGCCGACCUAAAUGUAAUAAUGGAGAGCAAUGAAUUGUUUUCCCCUCCCGCGUGGUCUCAAAAGCAACAUUUCUUAUUAUAUAUGCAGACAUGCAGAUAUGUUUAUUUUUAUGUGCUCGUAUUAUGAAGCAACUCUAAAAUGUAAAAAAAUCUGGGAAUAUAAAAAACUAUUAUAUAUCAUUUUAUGUAAUUCGGUAAACUAACCCAUUAAAAGCAUAAUACAAAUUAUAUAUAUGUAUAUAUAUUGAGAUAUCACCCGGUGCUGCGUACUCACAUCCCUGCUUUGGAGACUGACUCUGCUGGCUAGAUGUAGUACUUCCACUCUUGCCUUUUCUGAAAAAACAUCCACAAAAUCCCACUCACAUCCAGACAGCUGCACUCUGUUGAAUCUGCCAAUCGCACUAGUUGGCUCUUUGUCGUCUCUGUUGUACGAAACCAUGCCUUUCUUCUUCUUCUUGUUCUUCUUCUCUAUUACUGGAUUAAGAUCCAACAUUUUAUAAAUGAAACGUUACACCAAAUACCCAAAGAUGCGUCACCCUUACGCUCUCUCCCCAUCCUUGCCCCCAAAUCCCUCCUGACGUGAUUAUAGGUGUGAGUCCGACAUGUCGCUUUUUCGAACAAAUCAUGAAAUGGAUUUUAAGUCACUAUUAAAGAUGCUUUUGGUUUAGUUUCCUAAUUGGCCAUUAGACGGGGAAGUUGAUGCGGCCACUGAACGAGGACGGAUCGAUGCGCUGAGGCCACAGAGAGGAACGAAGUGGCAUCUCAGCCUGUUGUGGGGAUAUGAAGCAAUAUAGUGCCUCGACCAUCUAUUUAUUUAUUUUUUUAUCAUUUAUGUUCCUCUUGUGUUGGACUAAGGGUUUGCCGUUGUUGCACUUGUGUUUAUUUAUUUAAAUGAAUCCUACGAAUUUAACCUAUUUUUCAUUAAAAAAAUAUAGUUGUCUCACAUGUGCUCACUAUAUAUCCUGUUCAUUGUCACUAAAUUGUGGGUAAUGGCUCGUUAAGAACCACACAUCACUGUAAGUAAUUGGGGUAUUCAUGUCAUGAGGGCUGGUAUUUUCCAAAUAAAAAUGGUGUAAUCAAAACUAU